CGUUACCCCCACAUGCAUCCAAGACGCCGAGGGCAACCUGAGUUAGUCAUGAUUUUUUGGGCCAACGUCGCCGCCAACCGGAGGCUCUCAAAGCUCAACUUUGGAGCGAUGGGCUUCCCAACUGUACGGAGGGGGCCAGCCAUGUUUGCAUGUACGCGACUGGCUGAAGAACUUCCCCGCAGACGAUCCAGACGAAUGAAUUCAGUGGAGGCGAUUGUACCUCGAGUGGCAAUCGUUGCCACAUCGUGAGGUAAUCGAUCUUCCUCAAAGUACUCCAUCGCAAGCCGCCAAUGCUCAGAGGUACACCCCCACCAGCAGCCCCAGUCAUCCUAGCACCAUCCCGCACCCCCCAAUAACGCAUCCCAACCCCAUAUUACACACGAUUCCGAUCAAGACAUAGUCGUCGUCGGCAACAUCACCAGCGAGUCUGGUUCAAGGGGCACAACUUACCACGUGUACUGCGCCCGAUCCCGGCGCCAGAUCCAGCACUGCGCCUUGGGCAUUGUUCACAAGUUUGUCGGGCAACAUAGUUGUCAGAAAACCUCCUCGAAGACUUCCCACUCACUCAAAAAGUUGCCACUGAAUUCAAAGCAACUAGCCCGGCGAACGAUGUGAUGUGGGUAACUUGGGCUUCCAUUUCAACCUCGGCGCACGUUGCUGGGUUUGCAAUGUCUACCAUUUUGGAUUGGUAUCUACGGGCAACACAAUGCAUAGCCUUGCAAAAACUUAUGUGGAGGAAUAGGUAGCGAAAGCAAUAGCGACUACUCAUUUGGACAUGCUGUUGCCACUCCCUUCCCCUUUGCACUCCACUCCAUCCAUUGGUGCGAACAUUGCACCAAGACUAAUUCCUCUAGCAAGAACGGUCUCAAUAUACCGGAACAAUUUCAAGACAACGUGCCAAGCUCCUGAAAGCACUGGAGGAGCUCGUCCACGUCGCUCAUGGGACAUCUCGUCCGUAUGUCAAUGGUCGCCGCCCAGACAAGGUCGAAACUCGAACGCGCGGAGCAAACAAUGUAAGACUUGUUUGACAAGCCUCGCAAUGCCAAAAAGGUCUUGGCCUAUCUUGAGCACUUGUCAAUCCGCGAUUUAAUUCAA